UCGCAUCAUUCCUGUCAAAAACUCGCGCAAGGGAACACGUAAUUUGCUUGAUUUUUCGAUCAAUGAUCAUUGUUAUUGUUUGUGAACGGUACAAUGUAUAAAACGUAGAGUUAACGCGGCUGCUCGCACCGCUGAUAUUGUGUUCUUAUGAAAAUAUUAUUGUGCAAUACACCCGGUGUACAUUUUGCAGUCUUUAGGUGAAACAGUUCGAUCCUGUAUUGGAUUUUGCAAAUUGUAUCUUGUAGCAAGGUCGUGACUUUUGAGACAAAUAUCUAGAUUGUUUAGUGAACUGAUGUGUGCUCCCGUCGGUUACGAAACUUUAGUGGAUUAUUUAGUGUUGUGAUAGUGAAAAGAAAACUCAAAAAAUGGGUACCACAGGACUGACACUGGCAGAUUUGCCAAAUAUUUUUAUUAUGAUCGGCGCUCUCGUGGCGCUUUUCGUAAUGUUAGUCAUUCUACUCAGGAACAUGGAGGUGAUAGGCAUAAUGGGUGAGGGUCGGGAAGACGCCUGGGCCCGCACCAUGCAACCACCCAGACUUCUCAUGCAGAGGGUGCACAUACCUUUCACAUUUAAAGUACAGGAGAACGCACCAAUCGGAUAUAAUGGUGUAAACUGCUGCGUGUCCUCAACAGUAAGAUACUGGCACGCGAGCUGGUGGGGAGCCCCUGUACGGGAACUGCACAGGACGCUAUGGGGAUCGUUAGCAGAGAUCCUAGCCUCUAAUAACUUCAAUUUUACAAAAAACAGCCCCCACGAUGAGAAGACAUUGAGGCUAUCAACGGAAGAGCCACUCCAGCUGGGGCCACCUCCUCGGUCCUGCUACCCUCUGGUGGUGAUCUUGGCGAGAGAUCUCCGAGACACAGGGGAACUCAGGCCUGAUGAUACGGUGGCGUUAAUUAGCGUGGUGCAUAUCAGAGACGAUCAGUGUCCGCUGCCGAGCGGUGUCAUCGCGCAGUACUUGAAGCAGGCGAACGGACAUCUGUCCUGUUUGAAGCAACUAUACGUGAGCGGCGAGUGCGGGCCGGCGGAGGGGUGCGGCGAGUGCGGGCCGGCGGAGGGGUACGGCGCGGCCGACGCGCUGUGCUGCGUGUGUGCCGCGCACCCGCUGUCGCGCGCGCUGCUGCCCUGCCGGCACGCCUGUCUCUGCGCCGACUGCCUGCCGAAACUGGACAAGUGUCCGAUAUGCCGCAGUGUGAUCACCAGCUACUUCUGCAUCCGCAACGACGACGAGCGCGACCUCACCGAGCUCAAACAGCAACGGUUCUUCAACCGACGGCUCUUCAACCUGUUCCACUAUCAUUAGCCAGGUGACGUAAAGCAGUGACUGAAGAUUAGACGUGGAAGGCCCGUAAUGACAUAUUACGACUUGCCACGCGUACCAACCGUGUGAUAAUAUAAAAUAUAAAUUAAAAACAAUCCUCGACUGAUAACAGGAAUAUAAGUUAAAACUACGUAAAAAUAAAAACUAAUAUUUUUAACAAUGAACCUUAAAAGACAAUUUUAGAAAUAAAAGUGAAAUUUUAUGUGAUUAUAAUACGUGGAUAAGUGAAUUAAUGGAGUGCUGUGCGUGAAUGGUAAACAUUGGCUGUUACUCUCUUCGUGAACAGAGAUAAGUAUUGCAUCGUUUUAUAGACUCCGGUGUAAAUUUCUCGGUGAUGUUAGUACUCUGGCCUCUAUAAUCUGUUACAAUUCUGUUUGACUGGUCAAUUUCUUUAUUGUUUGUAAAUUAUAUCGUGACAUACAAUAGAAGAAUUUGAUUUGUGAAUUGAUUUUAUUGAAAUUCUGUUUAGAAAGUUAAUUUAUUAAUAUUGAAACAAUAAUAACUUCAUAUAAUUUUGUAUGGUUGUACGGCUUGCUCAUAUGUACUAAAUUUAGUUUGUCUCCAUUUUCGCUAAGGGAGCUGCGUGAAUGAUAUGAUAAUCACCGCUUCGAAUAACCGUAACGUUGGCUGUCAAACCGACGUGAAUCAAGCGUUGUGUUUAGUCGUGUGAGUGAGGUUACCGGAGGCCCAAUUA